UAGAAAUAGAUAAAUAUAUAUACUUUUUGUGUAACAAGAACUGUUUAGUUAAAGAUGAAUAAAAAAGAACAACAACAUAUGGCCAACAACAACAUACCGAAACAAUGUUCAAAUAAUGAUUGUAGAUUUUAUGCAUCCGAACAAUUCAAUGGUUUCUGUUCAGCAUGUUGGAAUAAACAGAUGAAAUCAAUGAUUCAACAACAACAACAACAACAACAACAACAACAUGAACAAAAUAAUAUACGUCCAUUACCAGAAAUAUUAAGGCCAACAUCGCGAACAACAUUUCGUUCAUCAAGUUAUGAACGUUCGAAAAAUUCCAUACAAAAAAUUGCCAAAUCAUCUCAUGUAUCAAUCAAAUCGAUACGAAUGGAAUUGGAUAUGAUUCAAAAUAAAAUUAAUAGUAAUGAUAAUGAUGAAAUGAUCAUUAUCAAAAAUAAUUUAACAACUGAAUCAUUAAAUAUGGAAAAAUCUGAUGGUAAAAGUUUGAAUAAUGUAAUAAAAAAGAAAAUUAGACGAAAAAAAGAAAACAGCAACAAAAGUAACGAAAAUCGAUGCCAAAUCUGUCCACGUAGUAAAAUUAUUGGAUUCGAUUGUCGAUGUGGUGGUCGUUAUUGUAUUGAACAUCGACUUGCUAAAGAACAUCUCUGUCAAUUUGAUUAUCGUACAUAUGGUAUUAAUGAAUUAACGAAAGCCAAUCCUAAAGUUGUUGGUGAUAAAAUUAAAAAAAUCUAAGUUUAUUUUUUUUCCUUAUUA